GUCAUCUUGCCAUGGACGAUGAUGUGUACUAAGCCUAAGUUGUGAAGUAUUAUUAUUCUGUCGUGGCAAUAUUCGUAUAAAACGCUAUAUUUUUGAGGAUAACCAUCAACAUUAUUGCAAGUUCACCGACCCGUGACAAUGAAGGGUCAAUCAUCAAGAGUAUUGCUGUUGCUCGCGUUCUUGUCUGCUGAUUUGACUGGCGGCGAAUCGUGCUACGAACCAACCGACCAGGAUCCAUACCUUUACUUUUCACACAAGACGGCCUAUCAACUAAUAUUCAACUCAAAGUUCAAACCGGUGCCUUAUUGCCGACCGACAUUUGUAUGGAUGUUUAUCAGACCGGGCACCAGUUACCCGAAUACCAACGAGUCCAUGGCAAUUCGUCAGUUGCAUCUAUUCAAAGAUAGGGUGAUAAGAAAUCACGAAGAACGUAGAAAUGGACAUUUAUGUAAAAACGUAUUAGACAGUUUAAAACGUUGGGAAUUUGAAGUCAAUCCAACUUCAGAAGAUGAUAUUUCCCCUCAAGGUAGGAUGGACAUGCAGCUACUCGCAAAAAGGAUGAAAGACAAAAUGAGUGAAGUUUUAGUAAAAGAGAUCAACCAAGAUACAUUUAAAAUUUAUGCCAGUGAAGACAGAAAAGUUAUGAACAGCGCCGAGGAAUUUUCUAAAACUAUGUUUGGAGAAGACUUCAAAUCCAAAGUUCCAAUCGAAAAAAUCGAAAACAAUUCUAGUUUUAUCGGGUUAGAGUCUUGUCCUAAGUGGACUGAUGCGGUCCACAAUUCUGAAGCUUCGCUGUUUCGUAAAUCACCAGAAUACUUGGACAUGGUGAGCCAGAUGAGUAAAAGACUGGGUUUUCUGGAAAACAUAACUGACAGUAUAAUUCAUGCGAUGUACGAAUCAUGCCGGUAUAAUAAAGCGCUCGUGAUCGAAUCUUACCCGGCAUGGUGUGGCCUGUUCACUAGACAAGAGUUACAGCUUUUAGAAUAUUACGAAGAUUUGGACUAUUACUAUAAAUACGGUUACGGUUCUGAAAUAAACACAAAGGUGGGAUGUCCGAUCGCAAAAGAGCUGAUGGGAUAUUUGAAUGCUGUAGCAAAAAACGAUUCCGAUAGACCUUCGGCUGUAUUUAGGUUUGGUUCUUCGGCCGGGUUGUUGACUACAUUAUUGGCUUUGGGCGUGGCAAAAGACACGAUUCCUCUAACCCACUCCAAUUACCAUGCUCAGUAUCGUCGUCAAUGGAGAAUGUCGCAAGUGGACCCAUUUUCCAGUAAUUUUGCCGCCGUAUUUUACAAGUGUGAUCAAGGCGACGAAGAGAAUAAAGUAAUGUUCUACUUGAACGAGGGUGUGUACGAUUACCCGGGUUGUAACGUCGGUCUGUGCUCUUGGAAAUUUGUGGAGAACAAAUUCAAAGACUAUCUGGGACCAAAUGGCUGCAACGACGAAGUGUGUCGCGACCGUAGUCGAGCGUCGGGUGUUCAGGGCGCCGUUUUGGUCACCGCACUGAUUCCAAUCGUACUUGCAUACUUGCACGUUUGAAUAGUAUUACGAAUAUGACGUUUUUUCAUUUGGCUGUGUCAUAAAUUAUAUGAUUAUUAUUACAUAAAUAUUAUUUUUUAGUACUUUAGAACGUAGUCAAUAUUUAAAUAGUUGAAAAAUAAUAGUAAAUUUCAUUAUUUUCAUACUAUUUUUAGGAUAUUUUAUUCUAGCAGUGUAAUGUUACGAAGUUCCGUGGAUGUCAUUAUACCUAUGAUAUAAUAUUUUUAUAUUGUUGUUCGAGCUACUCGUGUAAAUGUUUCUCAAAACACAAAAGAAUAACAACACUCCCAUCCGGCUAAAUCCAACUAGUCAUUAUCAUGUAAAUUACUGCACUGACACGUCAUACUUUUCUUUUCUGUCUAUGGUUCAAACUGAAAGUCACUUUAAUAAUAUACCUACUAUUUGUUACUAAAAAUAUUUUUUUAGCUUUAUCUCUAUUUAUUAUUAUUUUUUUAUUUUUUUUACAAAAUAUUAUCAGUGGAGACGUUAUGUUUACAAAAAUGAUAUUAGUAAUAUCUUAUUACAAGCAGUACAAUUAUUUAAUUUUACUACAGCUGAUCAUAUUUCUAUAGUAUUAUAACCAUGAUGUACCUAACUAAAUACUCGGGAUUGAAUCAUUUUAUAUUGAAUAGAUAGUAAAACUUCCCAAACAGCAGUCAUGCAGAUGAUAAGUAAAAUAAACUAUAAUAUCAAUAUUUAGUUUUAUCUAAUAAAAUACAUAAACCUUACUUUUUCCUACUUAUAUAUAUUUCGACUGGUUUAUCAUUCUACGUUUGAUCUCACAAACGGCAUAGGUACGCUGGAUUUAAGCUGAAACCUGAUUUGAUUGUAAUUAUGAAAUAUUUUACCUAAGUACAAUGGUACAUAUUCUAAUUAUAGUUAUUUUGUUCAAAUUUAUAAUAUAUAUUAUACAAUAAAAAACAUUUAACACUUUAACA